GCGGCCCCUGCGCAGGCAGGAGGGCGGGACACGGCUGGAGGCUGGGGUACCGCCUCCGCUGCAACGCCGCGGCCGGAGUCGUAGCACCGAGGGCCCGCAGGGCUCCCCGCGGCCGCCGCGAUGCAGAAAUACGAGAAACUGGAGAAGAUCGGGGAAGGCACCUACGGAACAGUGUUCAAGGCCAAGAAUCGGGAGACCCAUGAGAUCGUGGCUCUGAAGCGGGUGAGGCUGGACGAUGAUGACGAGGGAGUGCCAAGUUCUGCCCUCCGAGAAAUCUGCCUACUCAAAGAGCUGAAGCACAAGAACAUUGUCAGGCUCCAUGAUGUCCUACACAGCGACAAGAAGCUGACUUUGGUUUUUGAGUUCUGUGACCAGGACUUGAAGAAGUAUUUUGACAGCUGCAACGGUGACCUAGAUCCUGAGAUUGUGAAGUCCUUCCUCUUCCAGCUGCUCAAAGGCCUGGGCUUCUGUCACAGCCGGAAUGUGCUGCACAGGGACCUGAAGCCCCAGAACCUGCUCAUCAACAGGAACGGGGAGCUUAAACUGGCAGACUUUGGCCUGGCCCGAGCCUUUGGCAUCCCUGUGCGCUGCUACUCCGCAGAGGUGGUCACGCUGUGGUACCGCCCACCGGAUGUGCUCUUUGGGGCCAAGCUGUACUCCACAUCCAUCGACAUGUGGUCGGCUGGCUGCAUAUUUGCAGAGCUGGCCAACGCCGGGCGCCCCCUGUUCCCUGGCAAUGACGUCGACGACCAGCUGAAGAGGAUUUUUCGACUGCUGGGGACCCCGACGGAGGAACAGUGGCCUGCCAUGACUAAGCUGCCUGACUAUAAGCCCUACCCCAUGUACCCAGCCACCACGUCCCUGGUGAACGUCGUGCCCAAGCUCAAUGCCACGGGCAGGGACCUGCUGCAGAAUCUCCUCAAGUGCAACCCGGUACAGCGCAUCUCUGCGGAGGAGGCCCUGCAACACCCCUACUUCUCGGACUUCUGCCCCCCCUAGGCUCCAGGACCCCGGCUGCCAGGCUGGGGCCUGGCUUGCGGGAACCCCUUGUGGGAGUGGGGGGGUGGCAUGACUGGGUGGGGGGGUGCAGGGAGUUGAGCCCCAGCUGUGCUGGGCCAGCAGAUGGAGGUGGAGGGGGCUGGGCGGCAUCUCCGUCCCUUCACGGACUUUAUUUAAUUUCAUAAAUCGGCUCCUUUCCCACGG